CCUGUCAGAGGGAGGUGGCGAUGAUGCGCCCGGUGGCUGCAGCGGCUGCGGCGGCUUCCUCGGUCGGAUUGCAGGGAGGAGAAGAUGACUGACCAACCGACUGGCUGAAUGAAUGAAUGGCGGAGCCGAGCGAGCCAUGAGGAGCCUGCCGAGCCUGGGCGGCCUCGCCCUGUUGUGCUGUGCCGCCGCCGCCGCCGCCUCAGCUGCUUCGCGACCACCGUUCCGGCGCCCACCACUCCCCGGACCCCGACCCGCGUUCUUCCCAGCAGCAGCAGCAGCAGCAGCAGCAGCAGCAGCAGCAGCAGCAUCCUGCCCAGCCCACCUGCCACCGAGGCCCGGUCUCCGCCUACCCCAGUAUUCCCAAGAAUUACAGGGUAUCAAAAGGAAACCUGAAUACGUAUGUAACUGCUCUGUGAUUGGAAGUCUGGAUGUGAAUCGCUGCAAUCAGACCACAGGGCAGUGUGAGUGUCAGCCAGGUUAUGAGGGGCUUCACUGUGAAACCUGCACAGGGGGCUUUUACCUGAAUCACACUGCUGGGCUCUGUCUGCCCUGUGACUGUAGUCCACAUGGAGCCCUCAGCAUACUGUGCAACAGUUCUGGGAAAUGCCAGUGCAAAGUGGGUGUUAUUGGCUCUAUGUGUGACCGCUGCCAAGAUGGAUAUUAUGGCUUUAAUAAGAAAGGCUGCUUGCCCUGCCAAUGCAAUAAUCGGUCUGCCAGUUGUGAUGCCCUCACAGGUGUUUGCUUCAACUGCCAGGAAAAUCGCAAAGGAAAUCACUGUGAAGAAUGUAAAGAAGGAUUUUAUCAGAGUCUUGAUGCCACUAGAGAAUGUCUUCUCUGCCCUUGUUCAGCAGUGACAUCUACAGGCAAUUGCAAAAUAAAAUCGGGUGAAUUGGAACCUACAUGUGACCAGUGUAAAGAUGGUUACACAGGCCAGAACUGCAAUCAAUGUGAAAAUGGUUAUUACAAUUUUGACAGCAUCUGUAGACAGUGCCAAUGUAAUGGCCAUGUGAACUCAAGUAAAACUCCAAAGAUUUGCAAGCCUGAGAGUGGUGAGUGCAUCAACUGCCUCCAUAACACCACUGGGUUUUGGUGUGAAAACUGCAUAGAAGGUUAUGUUCAAGACCUCGAGGGAAAUUGCAUCAAGAAAGAAGUUAUUGUUCCAACACCUGAAGGUUCUACCAUUUUGGUUUCCAAUGCCUCUUUGACCACAUCAGUGCCCACCCCUGUUAUAAAUAGUACACUUACCCCCACAACCCUGCAGACUAUCUUUUCAGUAAGCACUUCUGAAAACAGCACUUCAGCUCUAGCUGAUGUAUCAUGGACCCAGUUUAACAUCAUCAUCUUGACAGUCAUCAUCAUUGUGGUGGUGCUGCUAAUGGGAUUUGUGGGGGCUGUAUAUAUGUACCGCGAGUACCAAAACCGGAAACUCAAUGCCCCCUUUUGGACCAUCGAACUGAAAGAAGACAAUAUUAGUUUCAGCAGCUACCAUGACAGCAUUCCUAAUGCAGAUGUGUCGGGAUUGUUGGAAGACGAUGGCAAUGAAGUGGCUCCCAAUGGGCAACUGACCCUGACGACACCCAUACAUAACUACAAAGCCUGAGAAGCUAGAACUGUUCUCCUGGAUUGCUAAACCACAGUGCUUACUAAGACAGCAUCAGCCCCUGGGCCAGACAAAGCCUGGGUAGAGUUUGCUGAGAAAGCAAAGGCAAAUAGUACAUCUGACAUUUUCAGGUACAAAUUUGUUAAGCACUUAGCCUAUCUAUUGCUCUUAGUUUUCCCAUGAAGAUCAGAAGUGUUCACUGUCAUUAAGGACUUGAAGUAAAGUAUAUUUUUGUACCAAACCACAUGGGAGUAUGGAGAAGCUGAACAACAUAGUGCAGCCCAAAUCCACUUUGACUUCCAAAUAGACUCCUGGGGAAGUAUUCACCAAAUCAAUGGCAACAAUAUGAUGGAUGUGGAGGGGGAAAGGACUGCUGGAAGACUUCAUCUCCAUUCCUGAGACACAUUUUUUUUAAAGAGGGUCAGGGAUUAUAUUCAUUUUGCUGUACUAAAAGGCAUCAUUGGAGAAAAGCUGGUGUCUAGGCUGUAUCACAAUAAACAGUUGAUUAUUGGUAAAAUAGGGGUAGAAAAGUCCCAAGAAGAUCUUCAGAAAGUCUUGGUUUUUCCUCCCAGGAUUCUUGCUCGAGGAUGAGAUUAAAGCACAGGAUAAGCUUCUAAUGGUAGAGAAGGCAGCAUUGGGGAGCAGGAAGCUGAUGGUCCUCCUCAGGGUCUCAAUGUAAAUGACAAAUUGUCUAAAAAUAAGAAAUAUUCCUGCUUCUAGAGAAAUAAGGUGUACAUAGUUAAUGUAGCAUAUCUGGUCAACAUUGUAUUUGUAUCUAUUUGUAAAAAAAA